CAAAGUCGCGCACACAUGCUCCGAAUCGGUGCUAACAAAGUGACAGUUCGUACGUGCGAUGUCAGAAAGCUCUCGCUGCCCCAAAAAAAAGCGAAUCCGAGCAGACGACAGAAGACGAAGACGGUGGAUGGCAUAGUUUUUGCUUCGCUCUCUGUGUGUUGCAUGCUGUCCAGUAUUUUCCAUUGGAUCGCAGGCUUGGCAUUGAUUUUAUUUACGAUACACUAUCUGUAUUACAUCGUGACAGCGUUACGUUCCCCGUCCAGCGACGGCGGUGGCCACCAGAUGCAAUCGGAAGACGCAAAGUACAUCAAAAAACGAUGGAAGGGCGGAACUAUCGAACCACAUCCGACGGAGAAAGCCCUCAUUGUCAACUAUAAGCUGGAGGCAGCGGUGUUCGGCGAACCCGGAGACCCUAUGCUUGAGGACAGAAAGGAUUGUCAACGCAUAAUACGCCUCAAAUCACUGAACGCGAAAACCGACCCGGCUGUGCUGGCGCGGGAAGUGGUCGACAAGUGCGACCUCAUCCACAAGUCACAGCUGUCGGACAUCGAGCAGAUCAUUUACUACUUGAAAAAUCGCAAGAAUGUCGAAACACCGGCCACGGCCGGUAGUGUGGCAAGCAGUGGGCAGCGAUCCGCUUCGCGCACAUCCGGCAAGGUCAGCCCCCACGAGACUGAGAAAGCUUCGAUUCGAAACAUCGACGAGUACAUCGAGCUGCUGUACGAGGAUCUGCCGGAGAAAAUCAAAGGAUCACGGUUGAUACUGCAGCUGGCCCGAGAUCCGGACAACCUGGGCGAGUUGGAGAAAAAUGAGGCUGUUCUAAGUGCACUAUCUCGUGUACUCCGAGAGGACUGGCGACGAUCGUUGGACUUAUCAACAAAUAUAAUCUACAUAUUUUUCUGCUUCUCUACGUACACCAAUUUUCAUUCGGUGAUUGUCAAUUACAAGAUUGGCUCACUCUGUAUGGAUGUUAUCGACUACGAGUUGCGUCGAUACGAUCAGAUGAAAAAUGAUCUGGACGCUAGAAAAUGUGGUGGUGAGAAAAUCAAGGAGAAAGAGGUUAACAAAAGUUCCGAGUAUUUGGAUACCAUCGUCGACCAGGAGAAGCCCAAGGAAAUGGAGCCUCCCCGGAGAAGGAUACCAGAGCUGAAGCAACGGCCGAAAUCUGGUAACUGGGCAAGCUAUCACGGAACGAUGGGAUCGCCUCUGGUCAAGGCUCACAACAUGAACAACAGCUACCAUGAGCAGCUAUCCAAGGAAACGACCGCAUCCAACGAUAGUCUGAACAAUCAGUCGCCCGAUAGCGAGAAACCCGAUCCAAAGAAGCAGAAAGACGACUAUGACAAGAUCAACAAACAGUUCAAAUUGUUCGCUAAAAAGCAAGAGCAAUUGCUGAGGGUGGCGUUCUAUCUGCUGCUUAACAUUGCGGAGAAUGUUAAGCUGGAGGAAAAGAUGCGUAAGAAGAACAUUGUGAAAAUGUUACUGAAGGCACUGGAGCGCCAAAACUUCGAUCUGCUGGUGCUGGUCGUUACAUUCCUGAAGAAACUUUCGAUCGUCCGUGACAACAAAGACGAAAUGAACGAACUGAACAUCGUGGAGAAGCUGCCGCGUCUUUUGCAGUCGCAGAAGGAUCUUGUUCAGGUGACGCUAAAACUUCUUUUCAAUCUAUCCUUCGACGCUCGGUUACGGGCCAAAAUGAUACGAGUUGGUUUUCUGCCGAAGCUGGUCACCUUCUUGAGCGACGAUAAACAUCACGAAAUUGUAACGAAAAUUCUGUACCACAUGAGUUUGGACGACAAAAUCAAAUCGAUGUUCACCUACACCGAUUGCGUUCCGGUGGUGACGGAUAUGCUGCUGUUGAAUUUGAAUCAAAAGUCAGACCCCGAUUUGAUCGCUCUCGGUAUAAACCUGGCGUCAAACAAACGGAACGCGGCCAUGAUGAUCGAGAACAAUCGCUUGCAUAACCUGAUGUCACGUGCGUUCAAGUAUCAAGACACGCUUAUGAUGAAGAUGAUACGGAACAUUUCAUUGCAUGAGUCGCUCCGGUUGCAUUUUGUGGAUUUUGUUGGAGAUUUGGCGAAGAUACUUACCGAGUGCACUGACGAAGAAUUCACUGUGGAGUGUUUAGGAAUUUUGGGUAACCUAGCUCUUCCGGAUCUUGACUACUCGCAAAUCAUUCACAACUUCAAUCUCAUUCCGUUGAUCAGAAAUAUGUUGGUGCCAGGAAAAUACAAGGACGACUUGGUACUCGAGACGGUCGUAUUCCUUGGCACUUGUGCCUCGGACGAAUCGUGCGCUAUGCUGCUGUGUAAAGCGGACGUGAUUCUAUCGCUGAUCGAGCUGUUGAAGGCGAAGCAAGAGGACGAUGAGAUGGUUCUGCAGAUUGUGUUCGUCUUCCAGCAGGUACUACGCAAUGAGAGCACCCGGGUGUACAUGAUCAAGGAGACGGAAUCGCCGGCGUAUCUCAUCGAUCUGAUGCACGACAAAAAUGCUGAGAUCAGGAAGGUGUGUGAUUUUUGCCUAGACAUCAUUGCAAUUACCGACAGCGAGUGGGCCUCGCGGAUAAAGUUGGAAAAAUUCCGAAAUCACAACUCCCAAUGGUUGAGUAUGGUAGAAACACAGGAGGAGACGGACGACAUCCAGGACUAUGGUCCUAUGGAGGAUGACGAGGGUGACUUGCCAGCGUAUUUAACGGCGGAUUACUUAGACCAGUGCAUGCUGUAUCAGUCGGGUGAAUCGAAUGAAGAUGGGGAGAGCAACAAUCGAUCCACAUCCGCCAUGUCAAACUACAGCAGACCAAUGAGUCGCUAUAGCCGAGAUUUCGAAGACUUCGAAGUGGUCAACUAGAUACCAAAUAAAAUAAUUCUAUCGGGAAGAUUUGCAAACGCAAUUUUUAAUCGCAUUUGAAAAUGUGCAGCUGUACAUAAGAAAACAUAGUUAUAAUAUAGACAAAAAUAAGCAACAAAAUACAAUAACAGUUCAACUGAUUUGGAAAAAUCAUGUGGAAAGGUGGCUGCAGGCUUGCUUUCAGGAAUUGACUAAAGGGUAAUACAGUAAACAUUCACUAACUGGGCGAAAAGAGAAGACCACUUAUCGACAUUCGCGUUUUAACUGGUCCGGCAUGUUAAACUCAAAUAAAAUCGAGGGAAACUUCAAUGAAUUGUUUGAUUCGCUUAGUUCCUGUAAUUGGAUAAAUAAAAGGAUUCCAAUGGAAGUUUCGCAUUGAGUGCGACAACAGGUAUGACAUAUGAUUUGAGAAAAUUGUUUUUCUGUAGUUUAAUCAAUGUUUUUGGCGUGCGAAAAUAAUGUCAACUUUCAUAACAUUUAAAAUUACAUUCGAAUGCCCCUCACAGCAAAUCUUCCAUUUGAAUAUGGCGUCGAUUGUUUACGAAAUUGUGCUUUUUAACUGGUCCAAGGACCAGUUAACGUUCGCCCAGUUAAAUAGCAGACCAGUUAAACCAGGACCAGUUAGCGAACGAUUACUGUAUUAUUGUUUUGAAACAUAGAUCUCUCACAUUAAAUAAUAGGUUCGUAAUAAUAGAAUGAUUUUUCUAGAAAUGUCCAUCAAAUAAUUCGCUUGAAGGUACACAUUCUUCGGAACAAAAAUCAGUUAGAAUGAACCUCUGUAACAAUUAUUAUGAGCACCUUCUUUCCAAUCUUAGGAACCAUGAGAUCGACCACGGAAGUCAAUCAAAAGAAUUUUUGAAAAUUUUGCUAAGCGAUGAAGUUACAUAAAAUCAUUUUAGAAAAAUGUCCUUCCGGGAAGACACCUCACCCUUGCCUUUGUAUAUCUCCCAAUAAUUCACCAUAUCGUGAUGUGCGUUGUCUGCGAUCAGAAGAUGAGAAUAUUUUCCCAAUUCGAUAGCAACGGCUCAGAGAAAUCUUUCUCUGAUCGUACUAUUUUUCUGAUCCCAAUUGCAAUUUUCCCUACGAUUUUACUAUUAGAUAGGUUUAGUAGCGAACGAGUACGAUAGGAUAAGAAGAGAAUGGACAAAAGCGUAAAUAAUCCGAUGUAUCUAGUCUACUUUCAGUUGUGAUAUAUGUGUAUAUUUUAAAAGCAUCUCUAACAUUGCGUUCAGAACUUAAGUUUUGCCUAGUAUUUUCCGUUGUUAUAUUUUAUCGUUGCUCACUCAACACAAACAGUCGAGUGUUGAUAGUUUAUUUUUCAUUCCUUAAUUUGUGUUAUUUUGUAUUCAAGUGAAUGCAACUACGCUUCGUUGAAGGUUUAGUUUAUACAAUACAAAUAUUGCGCCGCGUAGAUUGCAAAACCGAUGAAAUAACCUACAAGUUUAAGAUGUAUGAAGGAUAGAAACCAAACCAUAACGACAAAAACGAGUCGAAUAAAGUAAUUUUAAGACAUUGGAA